CCCUCUUCGUGGUUUGACAUUAAAGUCAAAGCGGAACUGCAUUCACUUUUAUUCGACGUCUGCUUCAAGUUAGCGGAAGAACCGGAUAGACUUCACGAGGUCCUGCUGCAAAAGCUGGACAGAUGUUUUUGCGCCAUGGUUUGCACUGAAGGUGCUGUCACGUCUGAGUGCUCCGAAGUGCGGCGCGUGCGACUGAACAGAGCCAGAGAUGCAGGGGAGGCUCAGUUCAUUGACUCGACGCCCAUUUUUAUAUCGUAAAGUCUUCGAUAAACAGAGACAGAGCGAGCGGUCUUCGGGUCGAGCUAACGCAGCGCAUCUACACCGGCGCUGUGAUCGAUAGUAGGUGCCAGCUUGUGUUUUCACUCCUGUGCAUUAGCCUAUCUGUAUGAUUGCGCGCGCUCACGAAAACAUGUUUUACAAAGGGAAUCUGAGUAUCGAUCCAAAGGGCUACGUGUGCCGCGCUACCUUUGACCAGCCCUAGACUCCCGAUUGAGUGAGAUACACGCCUGGUGGUGUCAGAAGCCCGUUUCUUCUUUCGGGUACUGGUCUGCAGACUUCGGCUUCUCCUAACGAAGUGAAUCAGGUUUUGCGCGCAACUCCCGGCAGCGCGAUGGUACAAUGGCUCGCGGUUGUUUGUAUGGUCAUACUGGCAACCUGCCUGUGGACAAUUUUGCGCUACCUCAGAGCGGGAAGUCCGUCUACUGCGUGGCUCCCCGGGAUGGGAAGGGACAUUUCUCGGUGCCGAGCGACGGACUGCUGGUCAAACCCUUGCCUCUCUGAUCACAACUCUGACGAUGCCCCGACGGAGGGAGCAGACUCUGUCACGUUGAUUUGCAAGCCCUCUGCUCUGGCCAGUCACCUCGUCAAGAACUGUCCGACUUUCUCUACUUUUGAUUUCGGUUCGAGAUGGAGCUGGCGCGCGAGCCCCUUCCUGCAGACGGUUUUCGGCGCCUGCUGGCCCUCCGACGGUGGCGUGCGCUUCGUGCGCGACCACCUGCAGAUGAGCGACGACGGUCUGGUGGCGUUGGACUGGGCUGUAGCGGGAACGGCUGCUAUGGGGCACAAACGGAGGAGGACGACGAGUAAUUCCACGAAUCCCGUUCUCCUUAUCAUUCCGAACUCAUUUGGAAAAAUCACCAGGAAUGUCUUGAAGCUGUGUGAGGCGGGCCUGGGCCACGGCUACCUCCCGGUGGUGUUUAACCGGCGCGGGCAGAACGGCACGCCCCUGGGCACGCCGCGGCUGCAGCAGUUUGGCGACCCGGCGGACCUGCGGGAGGCGGUGUGCUACGUCCGGUACCGGCACCCCGCCAGCCGGCUGUACGCGGCGAGCGAGAGCACGGGCUCCGGCCUGCUCCUGUCCUACCUGGGCGAGUGCGGCUCCUCCAGCUACCUGACCGCCGCCGCCUGCAUCUCCCCCGUCCUGCGCUGCCAGGCCUGGUACGAGAGCGCCCCCUGCUGGCCCUACGGCUGGGCCCUGCUGCUCUACCAGAAGAUCUGCCUCAGCAGGUACAGGACGGCCCUGGGGGAGGUGCUUCCCGCGGACAGGCUGUUCUCCAGCAGCUCCCUGCGCGGCCUGGAGGAGGCGCUGUUCUGCGGGCCGGCGGGGGGCGGGGCCGGCUGGGAGGCGUACUGGGAGCGCAACGAGCCCCUGCGGGACGUGGACGAGGUGGCGGCGCCGGUGCUGUGCGUGUGCAGCCGGGACGACCCGCUGACGGGGGGAGGGGCAACGGGAACUCCGCCCCUGGAGCUCUUCCAGAGCAACCCGCACCUCUUCCUGCUGCUCUCGGCCGGGGGGGGCCACUGCGGCUUCGCCGCGCCGGGCGGGGCCUGGAGCCACCGCGCCCUGCUGCAGUUCUUCCGCGCCGCCACCGACUUCUGCGCCGGCGAGGAGCGGGCCCGGCUGGCCCCGCCCCCCCGCCGCAGGGGCCCGGGGGGCGGGGCCAGCGGCAGGGCCUUCCGCCACCGCAGCGCCAGCACCUGCAGGAGGCCGGCGGCCUGCCCCCCCGCCGUCCGCGCCGUGCCCUGCUGGCAGCGCUCCUACACGCGGUGACCCCCCAAUAGCCACACCCCCCCAGCGCUCCUACAUGCACUGACCCAC